AGAUAGCGCUCCCGAUAACUGUCCUGCUGACUGCUGUCGUCCAAUCACCUCAGCUCGUUUCUGACAGCCAUGUCAUCCUUCUGUGUGAGCUGCCCCGGUGACCUCGGCCCAGCGAGGAGGAGCGGAUCACAUCCGGCACUGCCGGGUCUGGGUGCGGCGGCCGCCAGAAUCCCUUGGCAUGGCGCUGUGGCGGGGGCGCGGGCCAAGCCGGUGGGCACCCUGCUUCGAACCGGUCCAACGAGACAAAAAUGUUUCCAGCGCGCUGAGCAGGGAGGGCAUCAGCACAAUUCAAAUCCCCAACAGUAAUCCAGGGGAGGGUCCCCUCUGAUGCCCUGAAGCGGAGCGGGGCAGGGGGGGGGAAGCGGAGCAGGGCGGGGCAGAUGAGCUGAUAACUGCCCCCUCUAGCCCAGGAUCGGGGAGAGAGGGUGCGGAGGGGCGGCUGGGCAGGGCAGGAAAAGACCAAACCCUUGACAUCAUUAUUGGACAGUGAUCAAUGGGCGGGCGGGCGAGAGGGAGAGGCGGGCCCGGCCCGGCCGAGGGGGAUAAAUAAGAGCGGGCAGAGGAGAGCGCCAACCAGCCUCGGGCACCCAUCGCAGCACCACGACCCGCACCGCACCGCAACACAACGCACCGCAACGCAUCGCAGCCAGCAUGGACGUUUCCAUCCAGUACCCCUGGUUCAGACGCCCCUACUUUCCCGCCUACUUCCCCAGCCGGAACUAUGACCAGUUCUUCGGAGAGCACAUUCCCGACGGAGACCUGUUCAAUCCCUUCUUCUCCAUGUUUUAUAACCGGCCCUUCUACAGGCCCUUUCUGCCCAGCUGGAUGGACAGCGGCUUCUCCGAGAUGCGCUCAGACAAAGAGCGCUUCGUGAUCAACCUGGACGUGAAGCACUUCUCUCCAGAAGAACUGACGGUGAAGGUGAACGAGGACUAUGUGGAGGUGCACGGCAAGCAUGAGGAACGGCAGGUACGCCCCCGAGGCCUCAGCUACCCGCCCGCAGAGGAUGAGCAUGGCCAUGUUUCCAGAGAGUUCUUCCGGAAAUACAAAGUUCCAGCGGGCGUGGACCCCGGAGCGUUCACCUCCUCUCUCUCAUCUGAUGGGGUUCUAAGCAUCUCCGCCCCUCGGAACCUGACGGACGUUCCGGAGCGGAACAUCCCCAUCACCUGUGAGGAGAAGGCCCCAGGGCAGAAGUAGAGUCUCUUUUCCACGGCUGUGUCUGUCAGAGCGAAGCCCUUCACUCUAAUUACUCAGAAGAAGUUGCUCAGUGUUAAGUGGUUACAGCCUAGAGCCAUGCCUUAACUACAAAGCCUUUACGUCAGUAACAGCCACAGCUCAAAUUUCUAGUCUAUAACUGUCUUCUUUUUCUAUGUUUCUGUCAAACAGUGCCACCAGUGCACACCUGUGUUACUAAAACCAAACCAGACCACUUCAAGCUGUGUCAGCAGUCCUGUGGGCAGAGGCUGUAUCUAUCAGUGAUGACCUUACACUUAAAAGCUCUCAGUGAAUCAGAGCGUCGGGCAGGCGCCACGAGGGAGGGUGUUUGCCCUCAGCCUCCAGGGUAUUCAGGGGGUGGGUGGGAAUGUGUGUGGGGGGGCCCGGCAGGACCUGAGAGCCUGCUGCUGCCUCAUGAGAACCUGUUUAAUGUGCAUCACUGUCACUCCACCAAUGGAGUUGCCUCUUUACGCGGAGGUGCAUAGGUGUCACAGUGGGGGAUGUGUCAUAUUGUCAUGAUCUGACGUGAGAAAGUGUUAAGGAUCGACAGUAAAGGGGGGCGGGGGUGCAUGGGGGGUUUACAUGUGGUCUCCUGAUGUGUGGCUCACCGGCCUGAUCUACCAUGUGUGCAUGGGUCUGACUAUGCGCUCUCUUUUGUAGCUGCUUGGACUUUGCUUGAAACUGAUUGAUGGUUUGUGAAUAAAGUCAAAUGAAUUAA